GUGACUGUCCUCGCGUCCCGCCGCGGGCGCCAGCCCCGGGCGCAACCCAGCUCCGCCUCCUCGCAGCCGGCUCGAGCCCGCCCGGGCGGCCGUUGUGCCGACGGUUCCGCCAGGGGGUGCUGGGUCCGAGCGAGCGACAGAGGCGUCCCCGGAGACCCUGCGGGCGAGACUCGGGAUGGGUGGGUGCCGGCGGGCGUCCGCGUCCACCUCCACGACGCUGUUUCCCCGAGCGCUGCGGUCGGGCACGUUCAGGGUCGAAACCCGGGGAAGGAGCCGGGAGAGGAGGCUCCGUGGGGACCCUCCCGUCCGGACGCGGCCUCGGUUCCCGUGUUUACUAAAAGACCUUUUACGCCUCACUGGGGAUCGCCACCGUCCCUGCGUGUGGCCUUGACCCCUCACCUGCUUGCAGAAAGCACAGGAGGCAGCUAAUAUCCACGCUCCUGUAGCAGUGAGCUCCAGACCACUUUCCCGCAGACAAAAGGGAGCCUCCACAAGGGGAUACUCUCUUUAGAAAUCUUGGCCUAGAAAAGAAAGCUCUUAGCACUAAAGGCAGACCUGAGCCCUGGCUGGCUGCCUGCGGUGGUGCAGACUGUCUGCUGUGUGACCUUGGGCGGGGCCGCACGGCCACCUGAGCCUGGGUGUCAGAAACGAUGGUGGCACCUGUCUCAGAGGAUGAAGGUGAAACAAGGAAGUCAGGGGUGAGCAGUAGGUUGGAUGUUGGUGUCCUUCUCUUCCGUCUCUGAGCCCCCCAGCAUCCUAGGAGCAGACAGAAAGGACAGGGGUGGGGACAGCUGGUCUUUGUCACAAAAUUGCUAGUUUGUCGAGAGAAAUCUCGUUGUCCCUUCCUUCCCCCCAGGGAGCUGGCAGGGUGGACCGUGCCUGGAUUUGUCCCCCCAUCCUCCGUGGGAGCGCUGGAGCCCCCUCUGUGUGUCCCUGAUUAUUUUGACACAGAGCUGACUCCUUGUCACGUUGUUCCUUUUUAGCAAAGGCUGUGUGUUCAGUAGGUAACAGAUUGACUCUUUUCAACUCCGCUAGCAGCGGGAAGAAUUCCUCCUUAAAUCCUCAGUCCCAGUAUGCGACUUGUGCCCAUAUUGCUAGCUUAAUCCUUCCUCUGUGUGCCCCCCAUCCUCCAAGGUCCCCCAAAGCCCGGCUCUGUGCUGUCAGUGGGUUGCUUGACUUUUCAAAGCUGGAAGAAACCUUAACAUCCCCUGAUGCACCAGCCCAGUCCGUAGAUUCAACCAUGAAGUCUACAGAAGUUAAGUUGCUUGGUCAAGUUUAUCCUGCAUGUUCCAGCCAGGGCAUGGGCUCCCCCUGCAGAGGUUUCCUGCCUGUGGGCAUUUUUUUAAUGGUCAAGUGAAAUAGCCCAGGGAUUGAGAGCAGGAAAGCCUCCUUAGGUCUGCUUCUUCCUGUGUGUGACGCUGGGCAAGUUACUUCCCCUCACUGCCGUCAGCUUCUUCCUUUAUAAACUGAGGGUAGUAAUAGAGCUGUCCUGGUGGGCUUGUUGUGGGGAUUAAAUCAGUGAGACACAGGAAACACUUAAGACAGUGCCUGUGUCUAGAACGUAUUUUAUCCUUGGUAGUCGUCACUGCAUCAUAUCCUUAACUUCAUGAAAUUUUAAAAGUAUGAGAUUUUUAAAGAUUAGGCCACGUUCAACCAUGCAUCCCAGUGAAGGGCCCAUGUCUGUCCCGUUUUGAAGCCGGACAGACUCAGGUUUGAUUCCCAGCCAUUCACUAGCUUUGUGACCUUGAGCUCAAUAUCCUCAUCGAUAAAAUGGGUUAAGUGACAUCAGCCCAGCCAGAUAGUUGUGGGAGUUUAAUGAGAUAGCACAUGUCAGCUUGGUUCCAGGGUCAUAGUCUGGGUUCUGAAAUGAUAACUUGUCAUUAUAAUCUUGAUCUCUCGAAAAGGCCUAAUUCAGCUCAAGCAUCCAAAGGUAGGUACUUGUAGGAGGUGGGCUAAAAGACGUGAUGAGGUGAAAAAGGAACACUUAUUAAAUGUUCUAUCUGAUUCUAACCCUCUGAUUUUUCCAGCUCUCGGAGUAAGGGAGUUCUUUGUAGUACAGUUUUUUCUCCCUCUUUCCUCCAUGUGACUGUUUCGCUCUUGCUGUCACUGAUACCUGCCAGCAGAGCCUGCGAUUCAUGAAUGACCUCGAGUUAUUACUACACGCUCAGAAGUCCUGUUCUUGUCGCAGGGCUGCGAUCUUGUUUAUGAUGGAGGGAAGCCGGCAGACGCGAGUGUCUCGGCCGUCCAAGAUCAGCGAAUCCUCAAAGGCGUACCGCUGGGCCGACCACUCAAGCACUGUGCUGCAGCGGCUGAACGAGCAGCGCCUGUGCGGCCUCUUCUGCGACGUGGUCCUGGUGGCCGACGAGCAGCGCGUGCCAGCCCACCGCAACCUGCUGGCAGUGUGCAGUGACUACUUCAACUCCAUGUUCACCCUCGGCAUGCGCGAGGCCUUCCAGAAGGAGGUGGAGCUGAUCGGCGCCUCCUACGUCGGGCUUAAGGCCGUGGUGGACUUCCUGUACGGCGGGGAGCUGGUGCUGGACGGUGGCAACAUCGACUACGUCCUGGAGACGGCCCACCUGCUGCAGAUCUGGACGGUGGUGGACUUCUGCUGCGAGUACCUGGAGCAGGAGGUGAGCGAGGACAAUUACCUGUACCUGCAGAAGCUGGCCUCCAUCUACAGCCUCAGGCGGCUGGACGCCUUCCUCGACGGCUUCAUCCUCAGCCGCUUCGGCACGCUGUCCUUCACGCCCGGCUUCCUGCAGAACGUCUCCGUGCAGAAGCUGUGCGCCUACCUGGGCAGCAGCCAGGUGCAGCGGGAGUGCGAGCAUGACCUGCUGCAGGCGGCCCUGCAGUGGCUGACGCAGCGGCCCGAGCGCGAGGCCCACGCCUACCAGGUGCUGGAGAACAUCCACUUCCCGCUCAUCCCCAAGAACGACCUGCUGCACCGCGUCAAGCCGGCCGUGUGCUCACUGCUGCCCCGCGAGGCCAACUGCGAGGGCUUCAUCGAGGAGGCCGUGCGCUACCACAAUAGCCUGGCGGCCCAGCCGGUCAUGCAGACCAAGCGCACGGCCCUCCGCACCACCCAGGAGUGCCUGCUGUUUGUGGGCGGCGAGGUCUCCGAGCGGUGUCUGGAGCUCAGCGACGACACCUGCUACUUGGACGCCCAGAGCGAGCAGUGGGUCAAGGAGACGCCCCUGCCGGCCCGGCGGAGCCACCACUGCGUCGCCGUGCUGGGGGGGUUCAUCUUCAUCGCUGGCGGCAGCUUCUCGCGGGACAACGGAGGGGAUGCGGCAUCCAAUCUUCUUUAUAGGUAUGACCCCCGCUGUAAACAGUGGAUCAAGGUGGCCUCCAUGAACCAGCGCCGCGUGGAUUUCUACUUGGCCUCCAUCGAAGACAUGCUGGUGGCCGUCGGCGGCCGGAAUGAGAAUGGAGCUCUCUCGUCGGUAGAGACCUACAGUCCCAAGACCGACUCCUGGUCCUAUGUGGCCGGCUUGCCAAGGUUCACGUACGGCCACGCGGGCACCAUCUACAAAGACUUCGUGUACAUCUCAGGGGGCCACGACUACCAGAUCGGCCCCUACCGCAAGAACCUGCUGUGCUACGACCACCGGACAGACGUGUGGGAAGAACGGCGGCCCAUGACCACGGCGCGUGGCUGGCACAGCAUGUGCAGCCUGGGGGACAGCAUCUACUCCAUCGGCGGCAGCGACGACAGCCUCGAGUCCAUGGAGCGCUUCGACGUGCUGGGCGUGGAGGCCUACAGCCCGCAGUGCAACCAGUGGACCCGCGUGGCACCACUGCUGCACGCCAAUAGCGAGUCGGGGGUGGCCGUGUGGGAGGGCCGCAUCUACAUCCUGGGCGGCUACAGCUGGGAGAACACGGCCUUCUCCAAGACGGUGCAGGUCUACGACCGCGAGAAGGACAAGUGGAGCAAGGGCACCGACCUGCCCAAGGCCAUCGCCGGCGUGUCUGCCUGCGUGUGCGCCCUGAAGCCACGGCUGGAGGACAAGAAGAAGAAGGGCAAGGGCAAGAGGCCGCAGGACCGCGGCCAGUGACGCCGCCGCCACCGCCUACGGCGCGUCUGGAGACCAGCAGCCCCUUGGUAGAAUCCCGGAACCAUUAUCAACGACUUAGCAGCUUUUUUUACUUUUAUGAUUCUUGGUAUUUCUAUGAUAUCACAGUAACCGAUUAAAUAUUCUGUAUGACUUGACAUAUUAUCUUGCUUGAAUAAUUAAAGCGGGGCCCAGGCAGGAGCGACCCCUGUGUCUGUGCAGGGCUGCUUCCCACGUUGCGAACCCCCAUGGGUGACCCCCCCGACGGUCCCCCAGAGAGCAACCAGGGCAGGGGUGACGCAGAAAUUUUCCUAUCGAAACGAAGGGCUGCGGUGGGACAUUACGGAUUCCCUAGUCCACGCCUCCGCAAACCCGGCUGAGCUUUGAAGAAAACGGGUUCCUGAGCCCCGCCUCAGAAUUAUCGAGUCUGAAACUACCAGGAGUGGUGUAGGGGAGCCUAGAAACUCCUUUAGCCGGUCCCUGGGACUACUGAGCGUCGGCCAUGUUCGGAAAUCAUUGGCAAGGGCGACAUGCCAGGUGGAGCACAGAGACCCAUAGAGGGUGCCUGCGUGACCGAGAGCCACCAGCUCGCCGGCAGUCAGGCGAGCGGUGGGACUUCGCACCAGGGAGGUCUCCCCACUGGGAUUUCUUGCUCAGAUGACUGCUGCUUCUAAAUAAUCCUGUUUCUCCUGGUUGGUGGUCUUCCCGAAUUCUAAAAGGGGAUCGGUAAUCAAGGAAGAACGGUGAAAAAGGGCGCCUUAUUCUGUGAUUUGUGCUCUCGUCUUUUUACUGUUUCUUUUUUCUGGAACCCGCUGUUUCUCACAUUACGAUGUACUGAGCCCCACAGAUCUCCAUUCAUCACUCAGGAAAGAAAAAGGGAGCCCGCAGAAUGUGCCAUUGUUUUCUGUGACUCCAGCUCUGAGAAGCCACGGGAAGCUCCACACGAGUGAGUGAGGGCCCGUGGAUCCCCAACAAGGGAAGUUUGUCCGAGCAUCUCCCUCGACUCAGGCGCCAGAUCCUGGUUGCGGCCGUCCGCUGCCGAGUAGUUGUGUGCUGGGCGCCAACUUCUUUAACAAGUCAUGAGCUGUUUCCCCCUUCAUUAAGUGACAGAUGAAACAAUGGGCAGGUCUCCUCCCCGGGGUUCAGCUCUCUCAGUCUAUAUAAGCUGUGAAAGUGGAUUCCGCACCUCCUCGUGAGAUGCGUGACCGGCCCGGCCCGGUUCCUGCAGUUACCGGAACUCACAACAGUAGCGUGUGCCGUUUGAGGAGAGUUCGAGACUCGUGCCCAAGCCGCUGUGUCACACCAGGACGAUGGGCAUACGGUGGGUUUUAAUCACGAGCCAAGGGAGGCCUUAGUGAUCUAUACUGAGGCGCAGAUCUGACUGCGGAGACGAGAACACUUCCAGAUGCAUCGUUAACACUGCUAUUAGAAUGGGAAUCUCAGUUCACUUCUUCUUCCCUUUUUUGUCUCUUUACUACACUUCCUUUCCUUUCUCUCAAAGGUUUACUGUGAUUUUGAUCGGCCUCUUUCUCUAGUAACCGGGAGAGCUGAGAGCCACUUGCGAGUUGAAAGCUUCGGCACCCAAACGAUUGCCCCCUCUCGUGAGACGGGCGACCUGUCUGCAUAUUUAGCUGGUUCCCUGCCUGUGGAAGUCGCUAAAGGCUUCCAGACUCCUGAGAGGUUCUGCAAGGCAUACAAACAGUCAAACCAAAAAACUGUCCAUCUUCCUGGAGCUCUUUAAAACAACAUUUAGGUGUAUUAAAGGCUCUGAGGAGUCCUGCAUUAACUGCUAACCCUCCAUCAACCCAGCAUUUCCAAACUUCAUUGAGCCCGAAACCCUUCUUUUACCUCAAACCUAGUCCAGCCCUCCUCGAAACAUGUUUUGCAGAACUACUGCCAAUUUUGGGAUAAGCUUACCCCCUUCCUGUUCCAGGAAAGGUUUCAUCAUUUGAAGACCCUUUAGAAGGCACAGAACCUGUGGUCUGUUCUCCCCACCUCAGCCCAGGUCAUGAGCAGAGAGGUGGUCGUUCAGUCAGAAUCCAGGGGCAGGUUGGGCUGAGCACACGGAACGGCCAUGCGUGCUUUGGGGAGUGGGGAAGGCCUUGACCUUGGGAAGCGGACAGGCACGAAUUUUUAGCCUAAGCCAGCUGUUGUGUUUUUGACUUCCAGGACGUGUCCCAGGAUAAGGGUGCAGUGCUGGCCUCUAUUCUGAUUUUCUUGUGCCUUGCGGGUUAACAUACCAUGUCCUGCACCGACUAUUCUGUGGUGUCUCCCUUACCACUGUGAAGGAUGUUUGUAAUUUACACGCCUUGGAAUCUAACAUGAUUGAGACGGUGAGUGUUCCUUUAAAGGUAGGGUUGACGAGGAAGUUUCCUUUUGGAGACGAACUUCAGAUAAUUGGCAGCGGCUCCACUGCGCUAAGAAAGGUUUUCGAGCUCACUGGCGUCCGUGGAGCGCAGGGUCCUGACCCGUGAGCUGCGCCUGCCUGGAUGAGGGAGAGCAGAGUGGUGGGACUGUAGCAGGUCUCAUCUGUCUGUGGUUUUAAGAUGGACAUCACCGUGCCGUGCAGUGCAGCUAAGAUCGGAAGAAAAUGGUUUGUAACCCAGGCGGGCAGAGCUUGGGGAUGUACUUAUGCAGGUGGCCAUUAGAACUGCAAAACCACGAUAGUGUGAUUUCAAACCAUGGUGAUGCAGGCUUGGGUUCUCCUGGCUGCCAUGUUGAGACAGAAACCGCAACUUUUGCCAUGAUUCUGUCAAACUCAGCGCUCCGAGCUGUUCUGCUAGAACUUUGACGAUGUUUGGAUCAUCUUACUUUGAUCUUUCAGAAUGAGCCUGGUGGGCUUUUAUUCAGGUUCUGAUUUUUUUCUUUUAAAGAACUAGAGUUUUAACUUCAUAUUAGUGGUAGGUUUUGAGUUUGAUCCUCACCCAAGUUGGAACCCUGUUUGCUUAAGCAGAGUAGAAAAGCUGAAGAAUCCUCGUUCCUUACAGUGGUCCUUCUGCUGUUUAAAAUACACAGAGAUUAUCUCAGCACCUUGCUUGUGUGUAUGGCUCAAUUCGUAUUUUCAACAUCCUGCUGCUUCAGAAAUCUAGAGUACCAGGUAGGACUCCUUCUAGAUCUUGAUCUGAGCAGAAAACCUCAUGUGUGUAUUUAUAUUCUGAAUGCCCCUCCCCUUGACCCUGAAUAAGUCGACCUGAAUGAUAGGAACCCCAGAAGCCAACCCUAAAGGGUGUUCAAUUUGGGAUGGGAACCCAAAUGCCAAAGGGAAGUGGAGUCCCUCCCAGGUCCCACUCUGAGUUCAGGUGAGUUCACCUGUGGCUCAAAGUGCCUGGCCCCUAAGCCAGGAGUGACCUUUGGGUGAUUUGCAGCCGUGGGGGAAGGGAAAGGACGGCACCCUGCCACCCCAACCCCCUUGUAGACUUAGCAGCCUCCGCCUCUUACCCUGGUCCUCCGUGGCACGUGGCUCUGCCAGCCACUUAGCUUUUGGCUCUCGGAACUUUUGGCUAGAAUCUCAGACCACUGGUCCCAAACCUGGAGGGGCAGUUCCAGCCAUGUGGCGUGGACAUCCUUGCUGUCUCUCUGGAGAUUCUGAGCAUCUUCAGAGGGAAAGGGGGCAGAGUCCCCAUCUCCAGGAUAAACCUCUGAAAUGUAGGGCAGCCCUCCAGGUGCUUAGAGAGCCUGCCCUGUGUGUCCGCCAAGCCUGGCAGUUUUUAAAGUUUUUUGAAAUGUUUUGAUACUUUUUGAUACCAUUUGCUAAUAACCUUUUGUAGUUGCCUGCCGGGGUUCUCCACCUCCCCCCGACCCCUCGAGCUUGCGCUAGACAGCAGGCGUCCCCGGUUCAGCACCAGGGUCUCGCCCACCUCCUGUGGCUGUGACUCUCGUCCGUGGCUGCGAUCUGAUACAAACUCUUGAAUUGUGUAAGGGCACACGUGGCCCGGGAGUGUGACUGUCUUGGGCCCCCCAGCUGAGCAGAAGGGCAGUGCUUUAUGAUGAAGACACUCAACGCCCUGAGAUGUUGUGCAUUUCUUCCAAAGGUCCUACCUCAGCAGUGUGCAGAGUUGAAAAGAUACCUGAGGGCUGAUCCAUAUAUCACCUGUCCAGUACAGGUCGUUCCUCAACCCAGGGCAUGGCUGGGUCUUGAUUCACUCCCGUCCACGCCUCCUUUUAAAGAGACAUUUUAACAUGAAAUCCACAAAAGCUGUUAACAGUGAACCAUCCUGCACUUUGCAGAGUGACUGCCCUUAGUUUUGGAGCUCGUUCAUUUCUUUUUUUUUUUUUCCCCUUUUUACACGGGUAGAAUUUGUGGCUUCGCAGGGUGUUUGGGGGUCUCAAGAAAUUGUCUUUUGGUUGCCUUAGUUAAAAGAGUUGAAUGAAUGUACAAAUUUUGGUGGUAGAGUGGGGCGGAGGAGAAGAACCCUCCCGUGUCAGUUUUCUUUGAGAAAAGGAACUCCACUUUUCAGAGUUACUUGAGCCGUCCUUACAGGUUUGCUUGCGAUGGAAGGAAAAGUCCUUUGGACCCGCUGAAAUCCAUCAUCACUACCAGCCCCCUUGCAAAAUGAGUAAGAUCUUUGAUGAUUAAGUAUUGAUAAUUCACUGGGUAUGUUCUGGCUACUAAUGUUACCGAAAUCUGUAAUUACGUGUGUGCUCUUUUUUUUAAUUUGUUGCUUUUGUAUUUGUAUGACACCCAAAGCUUUUCUGUGUCUUACCUCUUCUUUAAUUAAUUUUCUGCACGUUGAUUUUUCCCCCCUCUGUUUUUAAUUCCAUAAAGAAGAUUCGAUUCUCACAACACAUUAAACAUGAUUUGCCUGCUA